AUGGAAAAUGAUGAGGGUGAUCCUACUUCUGAUCACAAGGUUAUUUUCCAAUUUAUUGUUGUAGUUUCAGCUGCAUUUGUUGUUACUUCAGUGUACCGACUCAUAGCCAUUUGUUUGUGUGGGCGAGGACCAACCACAACAGAUCAAAACCGACUACAACCACCAAAUCACGCUGCGAUACCUAGCCUCGUUGAAAGGACAUCCUCAUCAGUAGCUGUAGCACACCGAAUUCCAACACACAAGUACCACAAAAGAAAUAAAGGUGAUGUUUCGGAUGAUGAAGGAGGCACCUGUGCCGUGUGUUUGGGAGAUUUUGAGGAGGGUGAGGAGUUGAAGACUAUGCCGGAGCUGCGAUACCUAGCCUCGUUGAAAGGACAUCCUCAUCAGUAG